AUAAGUAAUUUUACUUAACUGGACCUGGGAGCUCCCCGACCCGCAAGAAAAAUGGCCAAGAGAUCAGUAGCGCCCAUACCCAAAACCCACGAGCGCACUCCAGGUCCCAGGGGUCAGGAUACCAAGGGCAACAAUGAUCUGUUCUUAAAAGAGGUCUUCAAUACCACCAAUAAAUACAGGGCAAUGCAUGGCUGCCCGGCUUUAACCAUCAAUGCUGAGCUCACUAAAUUGGCACAAGAAUGGGCUAAUCAUCUUCGUGAUGAGAACAUAAUGGCACAUCGAUCCAAUCCCAAGUAUGGCGAAAAUAUUUUCCUCUCAGGUGGAAUGGAUGUGACCGGGGAUUUACCUGUGGAAAUGUGGUAUCGGGAGAUAAAUAGCUACGACUUCAGCAAGGCUCAAUUUGCACCCACUGCAGGACAUUUCACACAGCUCAUCUGGAAGUCCUCAAAGGAAAUGGGUUCGGGUGUGGCUCGAAAAGCGGACAGAACUUGGGUGGUUUGCAAUUACAAUCCACCCGGCAAUGUUGUGGGUUUGUUCAAAGAUAAUGUGCCUCCUAAAAAGUAAUUUUUAAUUUUAACUAUCCAAAUUGCAAGAGUAAUAAAAACGCAAAACGGGUCCUGUA